AUGAGUAGGAGGAGCCUCCGUAGCGGUGCGGCUGAGUCAGUGAGGUCUCCAUGCCACUCUCAAGAGUGGCCUUCAAGGUCUCGGUGGGAAAUGGAAGACGCGAGUUCAGUAUGUUCACGGCUGUGCUACUGUGGGAACGUUGUCAAAACGCAUACAUCCUGGACGGUUUCUCAUCCGGGAAGGAGGUUUCAAGUAUGUGCAAGGAGGAAUGGAUGUACAUUUUGGGAAUGGGCUGACCCAGAGAUGUGUGACAGAUCGAAGCACAUAAUUCCAGGCUUACUUAGGAAAAUAAACCGCUUGGAAGAAGAAAGAAACGCUGGAAAAGGGAAGAUGAAAAACCCCUGGUUUUGGGUCUCUGUUUUCAUGUUUGGAAUGGUCAUUUAUUUGUUGUGUUCCAAAUGUAAUAGGAGGUUUGUUCAUCUACAGUUGGCAGGUUAA